UUCCUCACCUUAUAAAAAUAUGGCCGAAACGCAUAAUUUGAGGUAAAAGCGUCAUGAAUUGCGCUAAGUAUUUUUUCAAUUUCAAGAAUGUGAUCAAGCUUGAUGAUUUAGUGAAACCUGGUGUUAUCAUCGCGCCACGAUUUCUUUGUAUAAUAGAAUUGAAGAGGUAUAUCGUUCGUAAGCAUUGUGACUUAAAGUACAAAGAUUGGAGGUUUGUACUCGAAAGCAUUAGAGCACCACUUCGUGACAAACUUCUGGUCAUUGAUAAGCAAAUGCAAAGAGCUUGGCAUGGGCACAAACAUAACUUACGUAAACAUUUCGUAGAAGUUGGAGGUGCAGGUGAUCUAACAAAGGCAAAGACCGAACCUCACGAGGAAGUUAGCCAAGUUGAUUGGGAAUAUCUAUGUGAUUCUUGGAGUACCUGUGAAUACCUAAUCCUGAGAGCCCCUUCGACUCAUCUCUUCCGUUUCAACUGCUCGACAUAGCUCCUCCACAGUAAUGGCGUUUGGGCAGUUUGGUUUCUCAAGCGUCCUCCCUUGGUUGCUUAUAAAUGCCGUGCCAAAGCUAUUCAAUCAAUUUUCCGCUUCUGCCAUCUUGUACUUUGCUGGCUUGGGAGAUUGUUUGCAGCUUGAGCUCAACGUGUUUCGUUUGGAGGCUUGGGAGAUUGUUUGCAGCUUGAGCUCAACGUGUUUCGUUUGGAGGUUGGAACGAUUGUUGGCAAUUUGAGCUCAGUGUGUUUCAUCUGGGGUUUCCACCAUUCUGAGACUAAUUUAAGCUACUGUGUACUUUUAUUACGUAUUUAAUCUGGGGGCUUGAGAGAUUGUUUAUGUCACGCCCCGGACCUAGUCGAGCACGUCAACAACCCGCCGUACAGUACGAAUACUCCACCGCAGUCCAACUCAUCCAUACUAUACAAGGCGUCUUGAAUAC